ACACAACGCCUGGCUGUGCAUUGGAAAUCCUUUAACUGCGUUUCAAAUACAAAACUAAUGAACUCAAUGGAUUGCAUCAUUAUCGAGCCGGAGAGAUCGCUGUUAUAUGCAAAUUUUAGUCUCAAGGAUGAUAUAAGGAAGCAGAAUGUAACAUUUGCAUUACUCAUUGCUCGACCGCCGUCGAAUUAUUUUAAUAGGAUUCUCAAUUUAAGUGUGGAUUUGUGCAAAUUCUUCAAGGAAUCACAGGGCAACAGGUUCUUUAAUAUUGCGUAUAAAAUCAUAUUAGCGAACUCCAAUGCCCCCAAAAAGUGUCCUCUUACAAAGGGAUCGUAUUACUUUCGGAACAUCGACCUAGGGGGAAAUUUACCGCCCUUUUUGCCAACAAAUGAUUUUCAAGUUCAACUAAAUAUUGUAUCCGAUGUUGAUUGGCUGUUGAACAUCACUUCGAUCGGACGUGCUGUAGAUUUUAUCAAGUGGAAAGGAAAAUGAAUAUAUUUGCAAAUCAGUUCAAUAUACUUUUGUGUUCUUUUCUUUUUGCUUUCGUUCGGUCAACAAACUUGAACUGUAAGUGAUAUAAAAAAUGAUUAUAUGGAAUUACUCGUAGUUUUGCAUUCAAAAUCAGUGCAGAUGAUGAUAUCAU